GAAGGAACGUUUCGGAAAGCCAAACAUGAAUAAAUAUAAAAAAGCAUAAAGAAAGGUACAGAAGGCAAACCUUAUCGGAAUGUGUUGUGUUGCCGUGAGGAAAAUAAUAAAAUAAAUACGUAAAGUUUCGGGCCGCAAAUCGAAAUUACCCCCUCGGCAAGUGAUAAAAACAAAAACAUACACAACCGGUUGCGAAGGAUAUUUUUUUCGGAAACGAAAGGGACUCGCUGCCGGGGCAGGUCUCCUUUAGCACGGCGAGGAUCCACCCAAAAGCUGCCAAUGGAAAAUAUAGUGCUCAAAGAAACAAUAAUCAUGGCCAGUAGCAACAAUAGCAACAAUAUGUGCCGAUUGUGCUUAUCUGCAAAUGGGAUUACCGAGCCCAUUUGCUACGACCAGCGUGAUCAGUUUUUGCUGCAGAAAAUCUACGAAUGUACUACGCUUCAGAUAUCGCCACUGAACGGAAUUCCGUCCUCUCUGUGCACCAUCUGCAAGUCUCGUCUGGACGAGUUCUACCAGUUCCGUUGGCAGUGCAUCAAGAACGAUGAAAUCAUCCGUCGGAUCGCAGAUAGCUUCCACAAUAAGCCACCGGUCGACUCGUCAACGCCGUCACCGGUGACCUCGCAAAGCCCUAGUCAAAACCCCAAACAAGAAGUGAUUGAUCCCAACCCGACGGGUGGUGCUGAAAUGCAACAAGUAUCUACUGUAGAUGCACAUUCGCCUACGGAAUACAACGGUGCCAGUAGUGAGGAAGAUCGUCGGGUAGAUCAACGGGCGGUGGUAUCUGUUGGUUACGGAGAACAAGCGGACCAUGCUAUGGGAGUGAGACCACACGAGGCAGGGUACGGCUUAGGAGAACAAGGCCAUCCUAGUCACGGUCAGUACGUUACUGGCCCAAGUAUGGUUCCAUACAGUGGUGAACAUUCACCCGGAUUUCAUCCGGAGAACAAGUAUCCCGUACCGCACCAAUACGACUUUUCGGAUUUUCGGAGGAAGCGCGGUCGCCCGCCAAAGCAAAAGUACGAUCUAUAUCACCAUCCUAUCGUGAAAUACGGCGAGAAUACUAUUGACGACGCGAAAGGCCCGGAGCCAGACCCUAUUCUCACCUACGGGGAAGGAACAUCUAGGGGCAGCGAAUAUCAGCAUGGGCCGGUUUAUGGUGAGUGGAGUCCCCAAACGAAGAUCAAAUUGGAGCAGGUUGAACAGCAACAAGUUCGGUAUGAUGAACAAGAAUUAAGCUCACCCGAAGAGCAGGAUCACAAAGUUUUACCAACUGGAUCAACUCAAACGACUGUGCUGAGUCCGGAGGGUUUCGUAAAACGAAGUCGUGGACGACCUCCGCGAGAGGGUGGUUGUCCGAAUCAGGAUCGAACCGAGUACCGAUUUCAGUGUCAGUACUGCGACGCUAGGUUUAAAGCGGCCAUCAAUCUGAAGUUGCACACCAAUACUCACACUGGCGAGCGUCCGUACAAGUGCCAACUCUGCGAUAAGUCCUUCGCCCAUCCUAGUAACUUGAGUGUCCACACGAAACUGCACACCCAGGAACGAGUUAAAAGGGAAGGUGUCCCAUCGGAGAAGAAGUUCCAAUGCCCCUACUGCCAUACGUUGUUUGCUUUGGCGUUCCAGCUCAAGAUUCACAUUAACACGCACACCGGACAGAAACCGUACGUCUGUAAGAAUUGUGGAAAAGGAUUUGCUCAGCCCAGCAAUCUGCACGUGCAUAUCAAGAAGCACUGUCACAAACGAGUCGAUUACCAUGAACAACAGAACCCGAGUGAUCAACAUCAUCCUUCAGAGCACAUGGCUCCUCAGCUGAUGAAUCAUCAACCCCAGCAACAGCAGCAACACUACCAUCCAGCCCAGUUGUUACACCAUCCAAUCGAUCCUCAGCCAUCUCCAUCCCAUCAGCAGCACUCCCCUAUCCUACAUACUUCUCACACACCCCUGGAUCCCAGUGCUCCGUUGAAUCACACUCCCCUGCUAGCAAAUUCAGUUGAACAGGAUGCCCCAUCCGAAAAACAACAUGAAACUCCUUCCUGUCAGCAUCCGUCGCCACCACCACCAACACAUACGACAAUGGGAUUAACUUCGGUUAUGUUGGUUUAGGGGAGAAGUUGUAAUAAUUGUUAAGCGGUACGACUAAUGUAGUAACGAUACACUAAAACAUAACAGACUAAUCGAGAAUCAAAAAUCUAGGCAACUACACAAAUCAAUAAUACCUAUGUUAUAAAUGUAUGUCGAAAAUGUCAGAAGGUAGUACUAUAUAGUGCCCGCAGCUCCUAGCAUUUACGUGCAUGUCUAUCAAUAAGAAUGUUCUUUUAAUCUUUUUUAAGAUGAACUGUCUGUUUUCGAUGUACUAUAUUAAUUUUCAUAUAUACAUUGUAACAAUUGUUAAAUAAAUAGAAAAAAUAACAAAACUACAA